GCAUGUUACAGAGAGAGCCUAAUAGGGUGAAGUGCAUGGUGGUGAGCAGAGACUCUCUGUGCAAGCUGCUGCUACCACUGGGCACAUUUGGGUCUUCUAAUCACUGCAUAGGAUAGUGCUGAGUUAUCAACAUGCUGAAGAAUUGUGGGAGAAAGCUGCUGCUGUCCCUGAUGGGGGCUACUUUGACCUGCUUGCUGGUCCUGGUGGUGGAUCAGCAGAGGAGGCAGGUAGUGGAGGUCGUCCCUGCGGAGGGAUCAGACCCUAGCAUCCCUUUGGUGGUUGAGUCGUCGCCUGCAGCGGCUGUAGAGCAGCACAAAACCGGCCAGGAUGUUCCAAGUGGCAAAUCCUUCUCCGCUUAUUUCAACAAGCUGACCAGGGUACGGAGGGACGUUGAGCAGGUAGCCACUCCAACUAAUGGUGGUGAACAGGGGGCUACCAAACCUCCAGUGGAAGACAUCACCCCAAAAGAUAUUUUUAUAGCUGUGAAGACCACCAUGAAAUUCCACAGAUCAAGGAUGGAUCUUCUGAUGGACACGUGGAUCUCCAGAAAUAAGGAGCAGACUUUUAUCUUUACGGAUGGAGAGGAUGAAGAACUCCAGAAAAGAACAGGAAAUGUUAUCAGUACAAACUGUUCUGCUGCUCACAGCCGUCAGGCGUUAUCCUGUAAGAUGGCCGUGGAAUAUGACAAGUUCAUUGAGUCUUCUAUGAAGUGGUUCUGUCAUGUGGAUGACGAUAACUAUGUGAACAUUCGGACUUUGGUGAAAUUGCUGUCCCGGUACUCCCAUACCAAUGAUGUUUAUAUCGGGAAGCCCAGUUUGGACCGUCCAAUCCAGGCAACAGAGCGUAUCAGCGAAAACAAAAUGCGUCCCGUCAAUUUCUGGUUUGCCACAGGAGGAGCUGGAUUUUGCAUUAGUCGUGGGCUGGCACUAAAAAUGAGUCCCUGGGCAAGUGGUGGACAUUUCAUGAGUACCGCAGAGAAGAUCCGGCUGCCUGACGAUUGCACGAUUGGUUAUAUUAUCGAAUCUGUGCUCGGAGUCCCAUUGAUUCGCAGCAGUCUCUUCCAUUCCCACUUGGAGAAUCUCCAACAAGUUCACCAAAGCGAGAUACAAAAUCAGGUGACAUUGAGUUAUGGAAUGUUUGAAAAUAAGCGGAAUGCUAUUAUAAUGAAGGGGGCAUUUUCUAUCGAGGAAGAUCCUUCACGGUUCCGAUCUAUCCACUGCCUUCUAUAUCCAGACACUCCUUGGUGCCCUCAGAACCGCACAUACUAGAAGACAUCUCAUCUUCUCAAACCUCGUCCCAAGUUCCCUGGUAUCCAAAGGGCUUAGUGGGACCUGUACGUUCUUGCUGUGAUCGUCACUUCUUUCUACGGAUUUUGUUUGUUUUUAUUUUGCGUGCUGUGUUGAACACACAGCGUUUUGUUCGGUAGGCUGCUGUGCGGCCGAUUUCUGCGCUAUCACUCUGCCUGAGCAGAGAAUGAGAAAGUAUUUCUUCAGAGAGCUGUGGCACCUCCUUUCGUGGCAGAGAGGUGGGGAUUUCCUGGAAGAGUCUGAACACUGAAGCUCUCGCAGUCCCUCAUGUGCCACAAUACUAGUGUCUAUAGACUCCUAUUUACAUUGCUUUUGCAGUGUCUUCUCAUAGCUAUUCUCAUAGAAUUUAAACGGAAGACCUGCGUGCUUAUACUGCCUUAUUUUAUUGUUACAAGCUAUCUCUAGCUUUAAUUGUGCUUAUAUUUUCCAAAGGGGGGAUGCAUUGCUCUCCCCAUCUAGCAAUCUAAGGGUUAGCCCCAUGAGUUUGCCGUUUGGGCAAGAAUGGGUGUUAACACUUUGAGAGCCGGAGGAUCAAAACUACCAAUGAAAGAUAUAUUUCAGCUAUUAUAUAAACUGAAUUAGUGGGUAUAUUUAUAUAGUUUAGUGGCCAAUGUUGCCACUGCAGAUGUUUGUGGAUUUUCCCAUGAUUCUGUGCUUGCCAAUGACAAUGAUGUAGACUCCGGAUUUUGGCCCAGAUGAAGGUUUUAUUUCC